UGUAAAAGUCCUGAUAAACAGUUGAUGGCUGAACUGUUACAGAGUAGUCAAACUCUUACAGAUUCUUAAGGAGAUCUGAAGAUGACAUCAUCAUGUAAGGGAACGUCUUGGAUUACAUUUCUGGUCAACUCAGAAUGGGAGUACUGAGCAGAUGAUCUGUGACGUUUCAAUAACAACAUUAAGCACCCUCUUGUCAGUGUUGACAUGUAUUACAGAUAGAACAACAUCCAGUCUUGAAGACUGUUUUCCACCAUGAGAGACCGCUUAGAGGAACUCCUGCAGAGGGCUCAGGAGUUUUCAGAGGAAGCAAGUGAGAACACCAACCCAUUUUCAGCAGAGGGUGAUAAUGAUGACUCUGUGGCGACCGGGGUCAUAACGCCGCAGGCCGUGGUGUUCGAGGAGGAACCAAUCAUUGAGAAUUUCCUGUCUGAGGCUCAGCAAAUCCGAGAUGAUAUCACGGUGCUGGAAACAGAGGUCCUUAAGUUUGGCCAGCAGCAAAAGUCCCUGGUUGCAACCAUGCGUCGUUUCAGUGUGAUGAAGAAAGAGAGCAGUAUAACCCGGGACAUUAAGCUCCAGGCUGAAAGCCUCCAUCGACGCUUAGAAGCCCUUUCAAAACAAGUCCAAAGGACUGAGGAGCAGCAGGGACCUACUGCUGCUACAACACGGAUACAACGCUCCCAGCAUGCAGCACUAUACCGCAAAUUUCAACAGGUAAUGCUGCAGUACAAUGAAGGUCUGCUGAGCAAGCAGGAACGCUGUAAGCACUUCAUUAUUCGGCAGAUGGAGGUAUCGGGGAGGGAUGUGACGGAGGAGGAGGUGAAUGAGAUGGUGGACACAGGAAAAUGGGACGUCUUCAAUGAGAACCUGCUGAAUGAUGCCAAAAUCACACGAUCACAACUGUCUGAGAUUGAACAGCGACACAAGGAGUUGUUAAGCCUGGAGAACAACAUAAAGGAGCUGAGAGACCUGUUCAUGGACAUAUUCAUGCUGGUGGAGGAGCAGGGGGCCCACAUUGAUCAUAUUCAGACCAAUGUGGAGAGGGUACAGGAUUAUGUGGCUGCCUCUAAUGAGAAGUUCAAGUUGGCAGCCAGGUACAAGAAGAAGAACCCACUACGACAGCUGUGCUGCUGCUGCUGUCCUCCAUGGAAAUGUUGCUUGUAAAGAGUAUGCUUUUUUUUUUAACCUCAAUGGUCAACCCAAAUAUGGUUUUAUUUCAAAAGUCUACCUGCAGACUUACCUGAUGGGGGCUUGAAAGUACCAUUAAAGUGAAGGUUAUGGAACUGCAGGAUCUGCAGUGGUGAAGACAGACUCACCAGAGCAUGGAAAACAAUUAGGAGGAAAGGCCAGAAUUGGUAUUUGAAGCACUUGUUUCUUUCAAGUGGAUGUGGGGGGACUGCUAUUGGAAGAGACAGUUCACUGAGUGCUGCUCACCACCACUGCUGCUUAUUGGAGACCUUCACUGUCAUCUGACGGAGGUCACAGACAAGACCGGACCACUGCCUCUGCUAGAUCAGCAGAUAUUUCAACAUGUUUUUUGUUUUUUUCCCAAAAGAGCCUUUCCAUGUUUUUUCCUCCCUACCAUGGAAGCUCGAGUUGAUGACUAUUUGUUAUUUAUACAAUAUGAGCACUUUAAGACUUUUUUUCUCUUCUCUUUUCAGCUCAAAGAUAUAUUUCACAAAGUGGAGAAAGAUUGUCUUUUCUUGAGUCUUUCCUUUGUAUUUCAUUUUUUGAUCCACUUGAAAAAUAGAAUGUUUUAACAAUUACUCAUUAGUUUCAUUCGCAUUUCAAAGUAUGAUCAUGUUCUCUGAGAAAAAUAUUAUCCCUUUUAUUCCAUUUCAAAGAGGCAGGGAGUCAAGUAAAACUCUGAAUAACGAGCCUUGAUCACAAUAUACUGUCAAGACACUAGACUGAACUGCAAAACAAACAGUCUGAUGGUGGUGGCUGGGCGUCAGGCGGUGGUUGUUGGAUGAAACAGUCUGAUGGUGGUGGCUGGGCGUCAGGCGGUGGUUGUGGCUUCAAACCAGCUGAAAAUCUCUUACUUGAGCAGGAAUCAGCAGCAUGAACUUAUAUCCUGCUAAUAUGCUUUAUAACUGAUCAAUAGUAAACCUGUUGACAUUUUUCACCUUUACUUUGAGUUGACCUGAAAACACUAACUCAUUCCCCUCUGUGGAUAAGGACUAAUAAAACCAGUAAAAUGAGGCAGUAAA